CUGGUAGAUGGCACUAUUGUAGCUUGUCACGUUAUUUCGAGUAAAACACCUUUCAUCUCAUCUUCUAAUCGGAUGAUCAAAUUCAUUUUAGAAUUUUUUUUUGUGUUUUGAUUCAUCAAAUCACCAAUUCCUAACAUAUGGAUCUUUGGGGCGAAAUAGUAGAUUCACAGAUCGAUACUAAAUCUCAUGAUUUGUUACUGAAUUCAGCUCCGAAAAUUGUUAUACCUUCAGAAUUUGAAAUCCAUGAUCAACAAAGAUUUCAAGCGAAUCCAUUGUUGGUCAGCCACGAUUCCAUAAUUCGAUCCGAAUGCUCAAGUCAAAUGACUAGCCCGUUCUUUGAAACGCUCAAACUAUUGGUUACUAACGAACAACAGAUUAAUGUCUAUGAAAAUGUUGAACAGCCAAAAACAUCGAAAAGCAACGAUAAAUCCGCGGCUCAAACAAUGCGCGAAUCAAUUAUCAUGAUAUUAACACACGUUGGCUUUAAUUUUUCCCAUGACCUGACCAUUGAUCUAUUGGUCGAUGUGCUCGAGUAUUAUUUGAAAUCAUUCGGAAAAUUACUACGUUUAUUUACUGAUUCGAUGGAUUUACAAUCACCUAAUGAUUUUUAUGAUAUUAUUGAUAAAACUUUGCAUCACAUGAAUGUACCGAAUUUCGAGGCUUUACAUAAAUUCAAUGAAGAACUUGUUCAAUAUUAUAAUCGAGUAAAAAUGGAAAAUUCCUCUUCGUUGAACGAAAAUAUACAAAGAAAAUCAUGCCAAGAACAACAGCAGAUACAAGAUGAUGAUUAGAAAGAAACAAAUUAAUUAUAUUCUAUUACUUAUUAUUACAGUGAAUAAUAAUUGAAUAAAUAAACUUAGUAUGA